AUGAGUGUCGCCUGGAGGGCACGUAAGAAGAUGGCGCAGUUGUUUGUCAUGAGAUGCGGUGCUGAAGCCAAUAUUUCCUUGGAGAUGGCCCUGCGCGGUCACUAUCGGAGUAAGCUUUUCCACUGGGAGGUUGAUCUUGUGGAGCCUCUUCCCCCUUCCGUAUCUAAGAAACAUAUGAGGGAGAUUUUUGGAAAGCUCGUGACAAUAGGGGAAAUACUAGUUCUAGCGGACAUGCCUCACCUCCCCAAUCGGUUGUUGGGGUUGUUUUCGCAAAAAAUUGAAGUUUUCAUGUGGUCCUAUCAUCGGACAAAGAUACUGAAUCCCAUGAUGCGGGCUUUCAUCCUCAAAAAGAUAGCGGUGGUGCCUAGUUCUUUAAAGGCAUCACCUUCGACGCUUACCAGCUCCUUCUCAGUUGAUCCUGGUUCCAACUCCGUGCUUGGGGGUGCACUAGAUAUCAUCGCCCAAGAGUGGAAUAGCUGUGCUCAUCCACCAGCCACAAUGAAGUUUCUUGUGGGCCAAUCGGACGCUCAUAUAGUCGGUGAUCUUCGGUAUGUCGCUGCUCAAGCUUCUGCCCUUAUGGUUGAUUCCGCUGAUCAAUUUUGCCGAUCGGUCAAAAAUAAAUCACUAUUAAAAACUAUGCACGAUGUCAUUUCAGGCUUAAGGGAGGAACUCCGUGAUUCAGAGGCAGAGUGUCGAGUGUUGUCCGAGAAAAAAUACAUCGUGGCCUGUGAGAAGGCCACCUUAGAAGAUCAUGUUAUGUGA